GAAGGGAAGGCAGCUCGCAUGGGCCCACAACCACCAUCCCGUUCGUUCGAAUCCAAUCGAGCGGCUAGCCCGUGUUACCAUCCACGUCAUAACGUCGCCGUGACCCCACGUCCCAGUCUCUACUUGCCAACGUCCUGCUGGCUGCUGCCCCCAAAUCCAUCUGAAACACGGAAACGACCCAAGAUCAUCUCCUCCUCGAUCUCGACGGCCGGGGCGAUGGAUUUCUCCGGCGGGGGCGGCGGCGCGACGCUGUCGGAGAUGUACCAGAGCGCGCGGCGGCUGCUUCUCUCGGCCCGCGACGGAGUGGCCCGCGUCGAGCGCCUCGCCUCGGCGCCCACGUCGUCCUCCUACUCGUCCAAGGUGCCGCUCGUCGGGGCUGGCGGCGCGGGGGACCCGUCGGGCGCCGAGGAUGUGCGGCGGGAGGUGGCGCAGAUCCAGGGACUGUGCGCGCAGAUGGACCGGCUCUGGCGGUCCAUCCCCGCCAAGGGCCAGCGCGACCUAUGGAAGAGAAAAGUGGAGCAGCUGUCUGAAGAGGUUGAUUCAUUGAAGGAAACACUCGACAAGCAUUCUUUGCGGCAGCAAAAGAGGAUUCUGGAAGCUAAGGAAAGGGCAGAGCUAUUUGAGAGAGCUAAUGGUGACUCCUCGCAUGUCCUUCGAAUAUUUGAUGACGAAGCCCAAGCAAGGCAGUCGGCUCGUAGCUCCUCUCGUAUGCUUGACGAAGCUUUUGACACAGGAGUUGCUAUCCUUCACAAGUACUCUGACCAGAGGGAUCGUCUGAAGAGUGCUCAAAGGAAGGCUUUAGAUGUUCUGAACACAGUUGGCCUGUCAAACUCGGUUCUGAAGCUUAUUGAAAGGCGACACCGAGUCGACAAGCGGAUUGCGUAUGCUGGUAUGAUCAUCACCGUUGUGGUGAUGGUUGUAUUUUGGAGGUGGACGCAUUAGUGCUGCGCUGUGUCAUCACACUACUCAAGAGAUUGGCAAAAGAUUUCAGGGUUUCUGGUCCAGUUUGAGCUAUCUGUUUCUGCUCUUUUUGUGUACACAACUCUGAUCGGUUACUAAUCUUGGCAGCCACAGCUCCAAGCAGGUUUCCAGCGAUGCGCUAAGCCCCUGUGGAGUCAGAUAUCCUAUGCACAGUACCGUAGCCUGUUUACUACUGUGGUACAAAUCUUAUGUAAAUGCAUGUAGUCAUGCACAUCCUGUAUGCAAAAUGUAUGUUAAUUGGAUGACUUCCAUUCAUUUUUUUUUGAGAGGAAUUCAGACAUUCCUAUUAACUCGCA